AUGGUUCAUCCACUCGCGUCACCAGCCUCUCUGGGCAAAACAACCCAGGGCUCGCCCACCACGGCUCUCCACCCAGCACUGCAGGACCUCUGGCCCGCGACGGAAGGCGGCACCACAGCCACCAGUGCCAUCUUGGACCGCCGGCCCAAAACCUCGUCUGCUCACCAUCCCUCCUUCAUCAACACGUCCAGAGCCCCGGGAUAUGAACAACGGACCUACAAGACGCCCCUGUCCGCAGUGCCAGCUUUAGGAGGAGGUGCCGCCGCCGCCGCUACGACUGAAACAGCCGCUCUUACACCGUCGUCAUCUCCAACGUGGGGCGGCCCAUCAACCACCUCCGUCUCCUCCGUCGCCGCCGCCGCCGCUGCCGCCAUUUCCGAAUCCCAAGCAGGCCUCGACGCUGAGCUCUCCCCCGGCAGCAGCGCCUUUCCGCCUCGCAAUAGCAGAAAUAUUGCUACCGACGAGCAGCUACCUAGCACCCGCUUCGCCCCCGCGCCUCUUAUGCUCCGCCAGCCGCAGGCGGCCACCGAGGACGUCUCGGCGAUUGGCACCACCCCCAGCCGCAAGCCCGAGGCCCUCUCCCUCGACAGCAUGCUCUCUCCGUCGUCAUCGUCUUCGUCUUCUGCAGCCGCCGGCAUGUACGGCACGCUGCCAAAUCCGCCCCUCUCGGCCGCUUCGCUCAAGCUCGCCGACGCGCUGCACAACCUGGCGCGGCGGCGGCGGCGCUCCUCGGCAGCGACGACCACGACCACUGCCACGGCGCUCGCGGCCCUCAAGUCGCCGUGCUUCUACCAUCAGCGUUUUGACGACGCUGUCGACAUUGACAAGGUGCUCGAGGAGAUCAAGAAUGACUCGUCCAUGUCGCACUCGCGCCUCGUGCAGACAGCCACGUCAGUCCGCGAAGUCUCCAAGCAGCUGCAGCGGCGGCCUGUCAAGCGCGCUGUGCGCACCGUCAUGAUUGUGACCAAGGCCCGAGACAACCAGCUCGUCCACCUAACGCGCGAGCUCGCCGCCUGGCUGCUGCGCACACCGCGUUACGGCGCCCGCACCGGCGUCACCGUCUAUGUCGACGCCAAGCUACGCGGCUCCCGCCGCUUCGACGCCCCCUCGCUCGUCGCCGAGAACCCAGCCUUUGCCGACACGCUGCGAUACUGGACCCCGGACCUCUGCUGGAGCCAGCCCGAAAUGUUUGACCUCGUCCUGACGCUCGGCGGCGACGGCACAGUGCUCUUCACCUCGUGGCUCUUUCAGCGCAUCGUGCCCCCGGUGCUCUCCUUUUCACUCGGCAGCCUCGGCUUCAUGACGACCUUUGAGUUUGAAAAGUACCGCCAGCACCUCGACCGCAUCAUGGGCGACGACGGGAUGAAGAUUAAUCUGCGCAUGCGCUUCACCUGCACCGUGUGGCGGCACGGAGCGUUGAACGCCGCCGCCGGCGAGGGCGAGCAGUUUGAGGUGCUCAACGAGCUCGUCAUUGACCGUGGGCCCUCGCCCUACGUCUCCAAUCUCGAGCUCUACGGCGACAACGAACUGCUGACCGUCGUGCAGGCCGACGGCUGCAUCUUCUCCACGCCCACGGGCUCCACGGCCUACUCGCUGUCCGCCGGCGGCUCGCUCGUGCACCCCGAUAUACCCGCCAUCCUGCUGACGCCCAUCUGCCCGCACACGCUGUCCUUUCGCCCCAUGGUGCUCUCCGACACCAUGGCCCUGCGCGUCGCCGUCCCACGCGGCUCCCGCGCCACCGCGUACUGCGCCUUUGACGGCAAGGGCCGCGUCGAGCUGCGUCAGGGCGACCACGUCACCAUCACCGCCUCCCAGUACCCGUUUCCCACCGUCACCCGCACCGACACAGAGUGGUUCGACAGCGUCAGCCGCACUCUCCGCUGGAACACGCGCGCCGCUGCCCAAAAGCCCUUUGAGGACGGUGACUGCGCCGCCGCCGAGGACGAGGACGAGGCCUGGGACAUUGACACGGAUAGCGCGUACUAUGCGAGCGAAGAGGGCAGUGUCAGCACGAGUCCCAUUCGCAGACAGAUGAGCAUGCUUGGUCUGUGA